AUGCGGCUGCUCCGGGGAGCAGCCGCUGUGCUUGAAGUGCUUGGGGUGGCCCUGGCGCUUGUCGGCGGCUUCGUUGCCUUCGGCCCCUACCAGGACGACCGCACGUGGAACCUCAUGCGCAACUCCGCGAGGUCCGAGGCCGUCGAGAUGCCCGGCCAGGGCUCGACGCACUUCCGGCUGCGGGAGGUCGAAACCGGGAGCUUCUUCUUCCGGUCCGACAAGCGAGAGUGGCGUCGGCGGGCUCCGCCUGUCCUUUUCAUCCCCGGGCACAUGGGCAAGUGGACCCAGGUCAUCAAUAUCGCGGCCUACGUCAGCGCGCAGCGGCCGGUGGCGUUCUUCAGCGCCGACUUCCACGCGUCCGCGUCCGCGUUCCACCCGUCGAUUGUGCUCCAGCAGGCCGAAUUCGUGGCCGAGGCCAUCGGCCGGAUCCGCGAGCUGUACGCAGCGGAGGACCAGCCUGGGACGCAGCUCGUGCUGCUGGCCCAUUCCAUGGGCGGCGCGGUGGCGCAGAAGGCGUUGUGCCGUCUGGGCACGGAUGCAGGCGUCCGGGCACUGGUGAUGCUGUCCACGCCCGUCAUGGGCCACCCCCUCGCCCUCGAGCCGUCCAUGGGCCUCCUUGCCGACGCCCUGCGGAGGGAGUACUGGGGCGUUGUGGCCCCAGGACGCGGUGCUACCGGCGCCAGCAAGCCACUGUGGACGGCCUCUGUGGCAACCGGCGAGACGGAUCCACUUGUGCCCAGCGAGGUGGCCGUCAUUCCUCCUGGAGCCGUGGGAGCGGCCAUGGAGACGGCCACGAUGCGGGACCUUCACUCGUGCUUUAGUCACGUCAACUUGCUUUUUUCGCGGCACAUGUUGCACUCGGUCGCCGCUCUCCUGGGCGACGCCGUCGACGGUCAGGCCUUGCCAGAGGCCUUCAGGUCGCCGCUGACAGCCCUCUUUCGCCAGCCGGCGCCGCUGGGCGCCGGCGGAGGCAGCUCUGGAAGCAGGCCCGGCGGGUGGAGGCUGGUCGCGUCGCCGCCGUCGGCAGGCGCAGCGGCGCCCGUGGAGCCGCUGAGCGCGGGCGCCUGGCGCACCGCCUGCGCCGCCUCUGCCCGCCCUGGCGCAGUGGAGUGGCGGCGGCUCGAGGCUGGCGCGUCGCACCUGCUGCUGGCACCCAGCGGUGGGGGUGGCGCCUUUUUCACGCUGUUGUUGCUGGAGAAGCCGAGGCGCAUCAAGCGGCAGCUGGAGAGGAACACGCGGGGCGAUGACUUCCUUCCCGAAGACAGGGUGCAGUGCUCGGAGUUGGCCACCGUGCGCAGCGCGAGGAUUGCUCCAGGCAGCGAGCUCUUUGACGAUGCCUCCCUUGUCAGUACGCUCGAUUCUGCCGCGUGGCAGGACGUGUCCGGCCUUGACUUGCAGUACCCAGCCAAGGCAUGCGUGUUCCACGUGCAGGCGCCCACAGACAUUCCAGCUGGACAGGUUUUCGCCGUGUCCGUCGAGCGGCACGCCGACUCGGAGUCCGCGAGCCGCAAGGGUCCCACAGUGGUGGGCUGGGCGCACUGGCACGGCGACCCGCUGGGGGCGCCCGGGCGAGGAGAAGUCAGUGGAUGGCCCGCGGCGGUGGCGGCGUUGCCCGCAGUGGGCGGCGCCCUGGACUGGGCUGCGUCGCUGCUGCGCCCGCGGGAGGUGCUAUUGCCAGCGGGCCACGCGGUCGUGUGCCGGCUGGAGCUGCCGUCCUCGCCCCUGGCGCCGUUCCUGCCUGUGGAUGUGCGCGUGGCCGUGGGGGCGUCUGCGCCUUGGGGUCUGCAGGCCGUGUUUCUCGCGGCGGCAUCGGUGGACGCCGAGGUGCAUGUUGGCGCUCUUCGCAACGGCGCGGCGAGCAGCUUGCUGGGCUGGGCUGCCGAGUCCUCCGCGGGCCUCUUCUCGCCCCGGUUCGCGCCCGGGCAGCCGCCGCGGGCGAACGCAGAGUUGGUGUCCUCGCCAGUGCUCUUGGUCCUCUCCGACCCCACGGCAGAGCUGAGGGUGGCGGUCGCGGGCAACCUGUGGUCAGCCUUGGGCAGGUGUUUCCGGACUUACUUGGGAUACAUACUGGCAGCCUGGCUGGGGGCGACGCUGGCGCUGGGCCUGGCCGACGGCAGGCCGGGAGCCGAGCGCAGCGGUGCGGUCUGUAUCCUCGCCUGGGCCGGGGUGUCGAUCGGAUGCUCCUCUCUCUGCUCGGAGGCUGCCGGCACCACCGUGGACGCAGGUUACUCCCCGGGCGCCCCGCCGCUCGCGGCCGCGGCGCUGAUGCACCUCGUCGGCGCGGCCCUCGCGUGUGCGUGCCGCAGGGCCACGGCGUGCACGUCGGCGGUGCUGGAGCGCGCCGCGUCCCGCUGCUGCCCGUGCCGGCCCGCGGCGGAGCCCAGGAUGGCCCGGGCCUGGUGCCUCGCGGAGGCCGCCGGCUGGCUUGCGGCCGCCUGCGCGCACCCUUCGGGAUGCUUGGUCGCCCUGCUGGCGCGGUCCUCCGUGGGGCUGGCCCUCGCGAGGCAGCCGCGCCGGCGAGCCGCGGCCGCGGCGGCGGGGCAGCCGUCGGCCCCGGGGGCUGCGGCCGAGCUGGAGGGCGCCUGGCUGGCCAGCCUGGUGGAGCUGCUGAGGCUGGACUCGGAGACCUAUCCCCGGACGCCCGCAGAGGAGCUGCUGGCGGCGCUGCCGGGCUCUCGGCACGCCGCCUCGCCCUGGGUGGACUCGUGGCUGCUGGGGCCCCGGCCGGAGCUCCGCGGCGGCGGCCCGCCGCUCCCGGCCCUCGGGCUCGUGGCCCCGGCGUUGGCCGUGUCGCUCCGCGGGCUUCGGCCGGUGCCGGCGGCCGCCUCGAGGGCGUGCGACUGCGCCCUGGCCGUCCUCGGCGGCGCGCGCCGGGGAGGCCCGAAGAGGGGCAGGGCGGCGCCAAUCGAGCCCGCGCUGGCCGCGCACGCGCUGGCGCAGCUGGCGGCGUGCACCUCCUGGCACGGGCGCGCCGGCGCGGACAAGGUCGACUGA